CUGGUUUCCAAAUUGAAGAUCAGGCCCAUAUGCAGUUGUUAAAAAUAUACUAUAUAGCGUGACCCCACACAAGUCGAACAAUGCUCUCUGAACUUGCCAUAAGACAUUUAUAUACCGCUACCUCCAGCUAUCAUGAUAAGCCCCCAAUCCACAAAUACAAGAUAAGCAGCUGAGUCCAACGCGGUCCGCAAAGAUGCAGCCGCCCUGCCAUGGCAAUAAUCCUAUGAAUGAUAUCUCUGCGAGAUACAUCAACCCUUCCGAGCUGCUAUUCGAUGACGGCAUGUCUGAUUUGUUAAGCUACUCAACUUUGGACAGCAGUUACUCCCACGGCACGUCAAAUGGCAGUACUCUUUUCGAGACGUCAGAUGGCGAAUCCGAACACAGCUGUGGAUAUAAGCUCUUGGGGUCUGACAUGGAAACAGACGAACGGUCGGGCUCGGCAGCUGUAAGUGAUUCGGAUACUGCUGAGCUUGAUCUCUCUGACCGGAGCAAGGUCGAUAAAAGGCUGUCUGAUGAAUUCAUUGUACUCAGCAAGCGGGUGGUCAAUAGUGGUGGGCAACGAAGCCGACACUAUCUAGUAGUGGGCUGGAUCGUGGAAGAGAAUCUCGAAUUGUUCAAAGAGCUGACUAUGUGGAGGUGAUGCGAGGAUAACCACGGAGAGACGCUGCGCCAAUACCGGCCUGCAACCGUGCUUUGCAUCUUUGGUUUUGCGUUAUCCCUCACUCAUUCUCGGAUAGUCUUGUCAUAGUCCUUCCUUUCUUCUCCCAUGUUCGAAAUAUCGUACAG